CGGCGGCGGCGGCGGCGGCGGCACCGGCUGGGCGGGAGCGCAGGUCUGGCCGCGCGGCGACCGUUGGGCUCGGUGUCCCCGGGGCGCGGCUCCCAUGGCUGCGGCCAGCGUGACCCCUCCCAGCACCCUGGACGCGCUGCAGUUCGGCUUCUCCAGGACCGUGCUGGGCACCAAGCUGGAGGACAAGUACCUGUGCUCCGCCUGCAAGAACGUCCUGCGCAGGCCCUUCCAGGCGCAGUGCGGCCACCGCUACUGCUCCUUCUGCCUGAGCAGCAUCCUCAGCUCCGGGCCCCAGAACUGCGCCGCCUGCGUGCAGGAGGGCAUAUACGAAGAGGGCGUCUCGAUUCUGGAGAGCAGCUCGGCUUUCCCGGACAAUGCUGCCCGCAGGGAGGUGGAGAGCCUGCCGGCUGUCUGCCCCAGCGAGGGCUGCACCUGGAAGGGGACCCUCAAAGAGUACGAGAGCUGCCACGAAGGACACUGCCCCUUCCUGCUGACCGAGUGCCCGGCGUGCAGGAGCCUGGUGCGGCUCGGCGAGAAGGAGCGGCAUGCGGAGCAGGAGUGCCCGCAGCGGAGCCUCAGCUGCCGGCACUGCAGGGCCCCCUGCUGCGGGGCCGACGUGGAGGCGCACCACGAGAUCUGCCCCAAGUUCCCCCUGACGUGUGACAUCUGCGGCAAGAAGAAGAUCCCCCGCGAGAAGUUUCAGGACCACGUCCGGGCGUGCAGCGAGUGCCGGGCGCCCUGCCGGUUCCGGGACGUCGGCUGCCCCGCAGUGGUGGAGGGCGAGAAGCAGCGGGAGCACGAGGGCCAGUGGCUCCGCGAGCACCUGGCCAUGCUGCUGCGCGCCGUGGAGGCCGGGCCCCUGCCCCAGAGCCCGGGGGGCGGCCGGGAGGCCGGCGUGCUGGGCCCGGGGCUCCCCGAGGCCGCGGAGCUGCUGCGCAGGUGUGAGGCCCUGGAGCGGAAGACAGCCACCUUCGAGAACAUCGUCUGCGUCCUGAACCGGGAGGUGGAGCGGGUGGCCAUGACGGCCGAGGCCUGCGGCCGGCAGCACCGGCUGGACCAGGACCGGAUCGAAGCCCUGAGCAACAAGGUGCAGCAGCUGGAGCGGAGCAUCGGCCUGAAGGACCUGGCGGUGGCAGACCUGGAGCAGAAGGUCCGCGAGAUGGAGGCGUCCACCUUUGACGGCGUGUUCGUCUGGAAGAUCUCCGACUUCGCCCGGAGGCGCCAGGAGGCCGUGGCUGGCCGAGUGCCCGCCAUCUUCUCCCCAGCCUUCUACACCAGCAGGUACGGCUACAAGAUGUGCCUGCGCCUGUACCUGAACGGGGACGGCACGGGGCGGGGCACCCACCUGUCGCUCUUCUUCGUGGUGAUGCGGGGCCCCAAUGACGCCCUCCUGCGCUGGCCCUUCAACCAGAAGGUGACCCUGAUGCUGCUUGACCAGGACAACCGGGAGCACGUGAUCGACGCCUUCAAGCCGGACGUGACCUCGUCCUCCUUCCAGAGGCCCGUCGGCGACAUGAACAUCGCCAGCGGCUGCCCCCUCUUCUGCCCCGUCUCCAAGAUGGAGGCCAAGAACUCCUACGUGCGCGACGACGCCGUCUUCAUCAAGGCCAUCGUGGACCUGACGGGGCUCUAGCCGCCUCUGCCGGGGCCAGGCAGCCUGGCCAGCGGCCCGGUGAGGAGCUGCCGCGGUGGGCAGGAGC